UGGUAGGUAACGCUCUCUCUUGGUUUCAGCCUCAGAUAAGGAUGCCAAGAACACAGAAGAAAACUUUGCUCAAGUUUUGGGAAUUCUUGUGUGCCAGUGAUGACAGUGGAAAUGCCUGAGUCAAAGUGAGCAGGUGCAGCAGGACCAAAACACAGGAUUAUGCUGGCUGCAAUGAUUAAAACAGCACUGGUCUUCUUUUUGGUGCAAAGCACCGGAAACUUGGUCCUAGGCGCAGCGUGUUGGGAUGAACGCCUUUCUGGAACGGGAAGAAACAGCAGCUGCACGCCCUCUCAGCCUUUCCUCCUGUUUGGCCAUGGUAAAUCAAUCCAUCGGAUGAGUCUGGGUGGAAAGAACCACAGACGGCUUGCUGCUGCAACAGGAAGCUCCAUCCUUCUCGACUUUCAUUUCAGAGAAGAGAGGCUUUACUGGGCCGACAGACGCACCGGCAUCAUCUACAAAGCAUCGGUGCAAGGAGCACGCAGACAGAAACUGUAUUCAUCUGACAAACACAUCUCCGGGCUCACAGUGGACUGGGUUGGGAACGGCGUAUUCUGGACAAGCAGCAGAAAAGGUCAAAUCAAGAAAAUGGAUCUAAAUGGAAAAAAUGAGAGGACAAUUUUAAGACAUUUGUCUCAGCCAAGCUUUAUAAAUGUUGAUCCCACUCACAGGUUUUUGUUUUGGCUGUCUGGUGGAUCAGAAAUCCAGCGAUCUGAUCUCUCAGGUCAAAUGAAAAUGACUGUUUUAAAGCUGGAGGAGCAACUUGAGGCUCUGUCGGUUGACCGAGAAGAUAAACGGUUGUUCUGGGUUCAGCUUGGUCUCCAAGGAGAGCGAGCCGUUGCUUCCUGUGAUUACAGUGGAAAUUCACUGCACAUCAUGGACCUGCCGCUUCAGUCUCGGUCACUUGGUAUAUCUGUUUUUCUGGAGAACGUUUAUUACACUGAUGCUGCGGCCGGCGUUAUAAGAAAAAUAAACAAAUACACUGGAGGACAACUGGUGGAUGUUAAUGCUAAACCGAUGGUCAAACCUCCAGUGGACAUAAAGGUGGUCCAUCCAAUCAUCCAGCCAAUGGCAGAUACUUCCUCACUAUUUCCAGGCUGCAGUGACCAAAGUGGAAGCUGUGUGAAUGUUUGUUCCCGUUUAGAGGAGCAAGGGGUUUGCCAGUGCUCUGAAGGCUUUACUCUCAGUAACCAUGGCACUCACUGUGAAGAUGUGAAUGAAUGUGCCCACUGGAACCACGGCUGCUCUCUUGGCUGUGAAAACGUCCCAGGCUCAUAUUUCUGCACCUGCCCCAAAGGAUACGCCCUCCUGCCAGACGGGAAAACAUGUCGAGAAAUAACACCGUGUGGUGGCACCAUAAAGUGUGGACAUGGUUGCAUAGCAACAGAACAUGGGGCCAUGUGUGUUUGUCCUGAGGGAUCGGUUCUACAAGAGGAUGGACACACUUGCACCGGUUGCUCUUCAGCAGACAGAGGUGGCUGCAGUCAGCUCUGUUCCUCCAUCACACCGAGUCGCUGGCAGUGUGGAUGUCUUCCUGGGUACAGGCUCCACCAAGAUGGAAAACGCUGCAUUGCAACUGGACCUCCUGCCUUUCUAAUUGUGGCCAAUCUGAUGGAUGUGAGAAGAAUAAACCCAGAUGGGACAGAGGAACAAACUCUAGUGAAGGAACCCAGAGGAACAAUCUUAGCUCUGGACUUUGACCCCGUCCACCACCGUGUCUACUUUGCCAGCACCAGCCAGAGGACAAUAGAGCGGAUUGAUCUGAACACUGGCUCAAGAGACGUUCUAGUCUCUGAUGGUUUGGACUCUCCAGAAGGACUGGCAAUCGACUGGAUUCACCAAACUAUGUACUGGUCUGACAGAAGCAAGUCAGCUGUUGACUGCAGUACAUUAGAUGGACUGAAGAGGAAAACUGUUGUGAAAGAAGGGCUGGAAAAACCAAGAGGAAUUGCAGUUCAUCCCCAAGCAAAGAAGUUAUUCUGGACAGACACCGGCGCUCAGCCUGUGGUAGAAAGCGCCACUCUGGAGGGAAGCAGCCGUGUGGUCAUUGCCAGCACUGGCCUCAUGUCUCCCACUGGUCUGACCAUCGACUUCACUGAUGAUCGACUCUUCUGGUGCGACCAGAUGAGGGGCCUGAUAGAAACAGCAGCUUUGGAUGGUUCUGAUCGACGGGUCCUAAUAGAGAACCAAGUAGGACGGCCCUUUGACCUCGCAGUAUUUGAGGACAGACUGUGGAUAUCUGAGUGGGAGCACCAACAGAUAAGGAGCGUCCACAAGCGGACAGGGCAGAAGCUGCAGCGUAUCCGUGGCAGCUUGGUUCAGCCAGCCUCAGUGGUGGUGGUGCAUCCCCUCGCUAAGCCAGGAGCAAAUGUUUGUCUUCACCUGAAUGGAGGUUGUGCUCAGAAGUGUGAAAGUGACCAGGGACUUCCACAUUGCUCCUGUUUGCCUCACUUCACCUUGUCAGCUGAUGGAAAAAGCUGCUUGUCUGUCAGUUCUUCAAAUGUUACUGCAGAAUCUGGCGAUGAAACCUCCAACUUAACGUCUCUGAAAAACAAAACAUUACAUGAGGAGAGCAUCAUCCCACUGGCUGGUGAUAAUAAGACGGCUGGUUUCAUCUCAGAAGGAGGUACUGAACCAGCUCUGUUCACAGAAAAGAUGAUUGCAGACCAGAAUGACUGUUACUCGCUUCACUGUGCUGUGAGUGCCAGGUGUGUUCUGGAUGCUGGGAACCCUCUCUGUUUGUGUCAGGAAGGCUUUACAGGUGAUGGGCAGACAUGUCUGGCACUGGAGAGCACUUCUCCGAAGGUAACAUCUCAAACCCCCAUGGAUGUGACCACCCGGCACCACAACAGCAACUCAGCAGAGAAGUGCCCCCCCAGCCAUGAUGCCUACUGUCUGUACCACGGAGUCUGUGUCUACUUUCCUGAGCUAACGAUCUACGCCUGCAACUGUAUCCGAGGCUACUUAGGGGAACGAUGUCAGUUCAGUGACCUGGAAUGGCUGGAGCUCCAACAGGCUGAGAAGGAGAAGGAGAGAAAUCUGGUCAUUGGAGGUUGCAUGGUGGCGCUCAUUUCCAUCAUUUCCAUCACAGCCUGUAUCACCUACUGUUUCCGAUCUAGGAGACUCGUCCUCAAACAGACCUCAGAGGAUAAUGUGAGUGAGAUCAGCGUGACUGAUGAGAGCAUGUCUGAGACGACCACCACCAGCGUUCCUCGUUUCUCCAUGGUGACAGAAAAUGGUGUGAACAAGGAGGCCAUCCAUCCAGAUCCAAAGAGAACUGCCUGCUCACCAUGUGCUACAGAAACAGCCAUCAAACCAAUGUCUGAACGGUCGGCGUCAAUCUUCAAACAUGACAACGAAUAUGGGAAUUUGAAGCUUCCAGAUGCCACCACAGAGACCGCCCAGCCUGCCGCCAUCGCUUGAGUCCUUCGCCAUCAAACUCAAACAGACAAUUCUUCAUCUGUCAAACCAUAAACACAAUAAUAGUCCCAGGCCACAGUCACCUGAAAUACAUGUUACCUGGGACUAACCAAGUAAAAAUGAGUGAGAUUUUAUGAAACAUCUCUCGACUUUAAUGCAUUUCCCUUCUGAAUACUGCAUGUGUUUUGGAAUCAAGGGUGUGUAAUUCAGUGUCAUGGUGAACCAAGAUGGCACAGUUACUGUUGCCAUGACGUCAAGGUCUUAGUUUAAAAGAUGUACUGAGCAUCUGGGCAUUGCUUUUCAGUGCUUGGUGGGUGCAUCCAAAUGGUCAAAUAAUUACUAACCUAAUUUAUUAGUCUCUAGGUCAUGCUACCAGGUUCACUUUCAGUUUCAAGUAUAGAGCAUACAGAGGAGACUAAAGUGUCCAGACCACAUCAUUUAUAAAUUUGGUGUGAUAUCUGAGUCUGAGCUGAAUCAUUUUCCUAGAAAAGGCAGAUACGUACUAGUUUGGGAUAUUACAUGAAAAAUUCUUAGUGUAAAAUAAUUAUGGAAAACCUCAUUGACAGUAAUAUACUUUAUGCUUCAGAACUGCCUACUUCUAUAAACCGGGAAUAAAUCAAUGAUGUGGGAAUAAUGACAAUAUUUUUUUAUUUUAUUUUCUAAUUUUUGAAAUUUCAGACAAUAGCGGGUGUGUUUCAUGUAUAAUUUCCAUUUGAAAGCAGAAGUAUGAAGGUAUACUGUAUGAAGUCUAUUAUUCCAUCAGAACCAGGAAGACAGGAUUUUAUCCUGAUUAAAUCUCCAUUCCAUGUGGUUUGCUAUCAGUUCACAUCACAGAUAUGAUCUUUUUUUUUGAAUGUCUGGCAUAGAUUUAUGUUCAUGUUAGACUUCAGAUUUCCUCAAGUCGGUAACUGUGACUCUUGCUAGCUUAAAGUCCAUUAGCAUUUGCAAAAAUGAAUAUAGUUUGGUUUUGUCCAAUUUUUUUCUUACUUUACAAUAUUCAGUAAAAGUUAGAAAAUUACAAAAUAAAAAUGAUCAUUAAAAUAAAUGGCUUCAUUGUAGAGUAAAGUUUAAGAUCUGAGAGGUUUCUCCUUUGAACACUUUUCAUUCAGACCCUGGUGGUUAAAAAUUUGGUUGAACUUCUUACAAUUAAAUCCUAAAAAUACAAAAUCUGUUUACUAUUUGAAUUCACUAAAAGAGGUUUUACAAUUUAAACCAUUUAAACCAGUUAAAGUCAACGCAGCCAGCUAUCUAUGACUGUGGUAGUGUGCUUGUAGGACUUUGCCACAAUUAACAAUUAUGCCUGUAUGUAACUAAAUACAAAUAACAUUACAUUUAUUAGGGAAUUGUCAGGUUUAUUUUUAUAGAUGGCUCAAUGGACAGUCAGUUCUACUGAGAUUUAUGUUUUGAAAACAUCAUUUUUUUCCACAGUUUGGUUAGAAAAACGAAGCUUGUUGCUUCUUGUUUCCAUCCAACUAGAAUCUUGAAACGUUUUUUUAACAAAAAGAGGUAAAAUAAA